AUGGACCUACCAAGGCCUCCCACCAAUAUUAUAUCAGAUACAAACAAAAACGCUAACAACACAGUCAAGUUAAACACAAACCUCUCCAUUAUAGCCACAACUGUCACACCUUCAACUAAAACAGACUCAACUGACAACAACUCGCAACUCAAAACAGAAAGCCACCCCAUAGCAAUAAGCACCCAACCCAUAGUAGCCUCUACAUCUACACCCGAUCUAGUACAUACACCUCCAGAGGACAACCCAACUCCAAUGGACACAAACAAACACUCCAAUGAGUAA